GGAUAGUCUGUGGCUUCGAAAACAAAAGACUGCAGUAAAUAUUGCCAAAAAAAUGAGUCCGGAGAGAGAAGUUCAAGAAUCGGUAGAUGUGAUGGAGUCGAUAGAUGAAUUAAAAGAACGAUUAUCAUCUAUGAAACGUAUGAUGGAGGAACGGAAAAAUGCCGGAUCAGGCACCAAGGAAUUGUUCCAAGGACAAGCGAGGAGUCUCCAAGGAACGACCAUGAUCGAUGGAAACUUCCUAAGUUUCGUAUUUGGCGGUUCACUAUUCGUAAUCCUAAGUGUAUCAGUGUAUGCUUUUUAUAACUUAUACCACGCUGUUCUGAAGAAGUUCCCUUCGACGCACACGGAAUUGUAAAUUGGACUUUAAUUCGUAGAUCUAAGGUUUAUAUCGCGAUGGAUAAUACACUAUCUUGUCUUAAAGUUUAGGUGAAAGAGAAUUGCUGAUAGAAUUUAAAUGCCAAUAAAGUGUGAUUUUUUUGAACAACGUUAA